AUAACCCAAGGUUGUGAAUCUUUAUUUGUUGACAAAUAAUUAAUUCAGUGCCGAGUUUUCAAGUGGCUGUUGUACACACACAAAAAUCCCGGUGUAAAUUAAUUGUCUGUCAAUCAAACUUAAAAUUAAUCAGUCAUGUAGAUUAGAGUGAAAAUUCUACAACUAAUGAUGCAGGAAUGAUGCUAUGGAUGACUUUUGUAAUUUUAUUGCUGGUUGGGGAGCCGGAAUUGUCGGGCUUGUGGUUGGGCAUCCAAUGGAUACAGUUAAAACCAACCAGCAAAUGAUGAGCACCAAAAUAUCCAACUCUCAGAUAGCAUUAGAUAUUCUUGAAAAGGAAGGGGUUCAUGGACUCUAUAGAGGGAUGCUUUUUCCACUCCUGUGCUCUGGAACUAUAAAUGCAGUAUUUUUUGGGGUCUACGGAUAUUGCUUGCGCAAUUUGCAGGAACUAAGAGGUCACCCUGCCAGUUUGAACAUGCCCACUACAUCCAACUGGUACCUGGAUACAUUCUUAGGCGGUUGCAUAGGUGGACUUGGCCAAGUCAUAGUAUCGUGUCCCAGUGACGUUGUCAAAGUUCGGCUUCAAUCCGGAAAAGUUAUCUCAUUUAUUUACAUCAUAUCAAUGACAAGAAUAUACCAACCAGGGGAUGAAAGCAAACUGUCGAAAAGACCGAAAGCUAUAUUAACUGGUGUGGAUAUUUAUACGAAAAAUGGCAUCCGAGGUUUUUAUGCAGGAUUAGUACCUAUGUUGUGGAGAGACGUUUUGGGCAGUGGUUUGUACAUAUGGUCGUAUCAAUACAUACGAUUCAAUUAUCACGGGUACUUAGACUUGAAUCCAGGAGCAUUCGAGACACUAAUGGCUGGAGGUAUGGCGGGUGUAUUAUCCUGGAUACCAGUAGUACCUUUGGAUACGAUUAAAUCCAGAAUCCAAGCAGAUGAUGUGAAGAAUCCAAUUUACAAAGGCAUGAUACAUUGCGGGACACAACUACUCAAAGAAGGUGGUUACAUAAACUUUUACAAAGGAUUUCAAAUGAUUGCUUUACGGUCCUUCAUUGUUAAUGCAACUAUGUUCUAUGCUUACGAAUGUAUGCUUGACUGCUGGAACUACAUUCGAAUAAAACCACGUUAAUGACAGACUACUCAAAGCUGCUGUUAUUCGUAUUGAUAUGUGUGCCACAAUGAUAAAUUUCUCGAACUGC